AUGGCACCUCCGAGCGCCGCAGCCUCUUUCAAGAAGAAAGAUGGCAAUUUGAGUCUCACCCCAGAUGAGGCGACGCUGGUCUGGACCCCGGUUGAAGCGAGUGUCUCGGGACAUAAGAUCGCCGUGUCCACGAUCACCAAUUUACAGCAAACCCCAGUUUCAAACCCCAAAGUUAUGCUGAAAGUCUUUGCAACCGCUCCAAACGCCCCUCCAAAUAGCGAGUCAACUGCCUACACCUUUCAAUUUACUGCCCAAACGAACGCACGCGCACAGGCCGAUGCCUUCAAGGAUGCUCUCGGCGCUCGGGUCAACGCGGCGAAAGCAGGGACGCCUUCACAGACAUCCACGCCGGCUCCCAGUAGCGGGGCAGGAGUAUCAGCGGCUCUUGCGAUAGCUAAUGCCGUUUCGUCAGCCGGGUCAGCCAAGAAUCCAUGGGACGAUGAUAACCGACUGAAGGCCGAUGUGGAACUGCAGCAAUCUCUAUUGAAGGCUGAUUCGACGUUGCAGCGGAUGUUCAUGGAAUCUCUACAUACAAAACCGGACACCUUAUCCUCUGGCCAGUUCAUGUCACAAUUCUGGUCUACACGACUGCACCUUCUACGAGCUCAUGCGAUCGAACGCGCCCAGACGCGCGGAUCCUACAACGUGCUCUCAUCCUUAAAGCCGCGCGUUGAGGAAAAUGUGACUCGUUUGAAUAUUAGCAAGGAACAAAUCCAGCUUAUUUUCUCGCAGCACCCACUGGUCAAAAAUGUCUAUGAUGAGAACGUUCCUAAGCUGAGUGAGCAGCAAUUCUGGUCGCGCUUUUUCCAGAGUCGACUAUUUAAGAAGUUGCGUGGAGAGCGUAUUUCAGAAGCAGACGCUACAGACGCUGUGCUGGACAAAUAUCUUCGUGAAGAACCCGCUGUCGCAGAACGGGAUGCUAAUGUCCCCCACUUUCUGGAUCUCGCGGGUAAUGAAGGGAAUAACAGUCAACGCCGUGGAAACCGACCGGACCUGGACAUGCGCCCCUCUGCCGUGGAUAAAGUACCUAUCAUUCGGACUUUGAACAGUCUCAGUGAGAAAAUCAUGGCCAAUGUGGCCCCAGCAGACGGCGACAUCAGUGCCCCCAUUGGGAUGAAUGAGGAAGCAUGGGCAAAAUUGCAAUUACAGGAUCUCCGAGGGGAUGAGGAACAAGCCCGUAUUACUCUCAAUAUCCGUGAUCAGGACCGUUUCUUUGCGGCGGCACGGGAUGAUGACCAAAAUCGGGCGCUCUCGAAGCAGGAUCCUAAUCAGGUUUUGCAGCUUCUCCGCUCAGAGGUUGCGCUCAAUCUUCCACCCGGCGGUGCUACACCUCUCCAAAAGUUAGUCGAUCCUGGCGACGACGAAGACGAGGAGAUGGACGAUGCCCCUGCCAAUAAACGUCCCGUUGGCUCAUCCGCUGCAUUACAUGCUGCUUUUGCCCAAAUUCUCGAGGCAGUACGUGAUCAACGCCACCAAAUGAGCGAGGCUUCAUUAUCCGACACCUACGGACUUUCUCCUUCCCUUUAUGACCGACUAACAUUGACGCAUGCGACCUCGACUGAAUUCCUUCACCAAUUCUGGCAGGCCUUCCUUUCCGGGGACUCCGAUCGUGCAGGUGAGGUCUCGUCCUUAUCGGAAUCACUCCAACGUGCAAAGCAACGAAUCGAAGCCGUCGCGGAAGCUGCAGAGGCUGAACGCCAGCUUGAAGUUGACCGAGCUAAACAGCAUGCGCGUGACGUGUUUGAACGUACUGGACGCAAAUUGCGACCGAAUCUAGACAGCAUUGAGGGGGGGGCAAAAGCGGUCAAUCAGCUACUUGGUCCCACGUUGCAGGCCUUGGAGUUAGCCUCGAUCCGGUAUCAAACGGCCUUAGCGGAGGAAACGAGAGAAGCUGCGGCUUUGGCGGUUUAA